CUACUGCCGCAAUGGGCCCAGGAUAACUCAAGUCUUCCCGGCGAGGUCGGUUUAACACAUGAUCUUCAGCAUCAACACCAACAACAGUCACUUCAGUUGUCGGCCGCUGGCCUCCCGGGUACAGACUUUGGGCUUUUUGGCCCAGACUCUGUCCACAUAGAUCCUAGCCUUCCGUACUCUGAACCGCCACCUUGGGACACUCUGCCAUGGACGUUUGCUACCUAUGCAACGCCUCCCAUCAGUGCUAGUCCCCUCGGCAACCCGAUUGAUCAGUCUUUCCCGCUUGCCUUCCUCGACACUUCACCCCCCGCCUUUUUCGACACCUUCUCCGACACCUUCUCCGACACCUUCCUCCCCGUUCAGCCGGAUGCCGUCUCUGAGUCCAGCUCUAGUUCCAAUUCCAAUCCCAACAGCCCGAACCAGCCUCCACCCCUGGAUAUGUCAGUGUAUACUGCUGCUUCGGGGGCUGAGUCAUCUCACCGGUCCUCGCCGAAUGACAAGGCUCAGGACCGAGAGGUAGCCACUCCCUACACCGACAAGAUCCUUCGUCGUCAGCGAAAUACGAUUGCUGCUCGCAAGUACAGACAAAAGAAGGUUGAUCGCAUCGAUGAACUUGAAUUAUUGCUGAAGGAUAUGACUCGGGAGAGAGACGAUUUGCGAAUUCGUCUCGCUCGUCAGGAGGCUGAGACCGAAGCGCUCAAGAGUGUUAUGGGCAAGGAAACUAAGCAGUAA